AUGCUCGGGCAAUGUUCUGAGAUUUGUGGGGCUAACCAUAGGUUCAUGCCUGUUGUUGUUGAGUCGGUUCCAUCAAAACCUAUGACAUCUCCCAACCCUACAUUAAACUUGAGGUCUUGGAUCCGUAGAAGAGGACUGAGUUCAAGCGUUGGAUCUCUGUGUCGCUGUCUGAAGGUGCGGGUCUACGAUUUUGUGGGAUGGACGUUAGGUCUUCAACCCUUAGGGUAUGCCCCUUGGGCCUUUGGCCUUUGGCCUGGGGCUUGGGGCACCUGCCUUGGGCCUUUGGGCCUGGGGCUUCUGCCUUGGGCCAUUUUGGCCUGGGCAUUUGCCUUUUGGCCCGAGGAGUUGGAGUGCCCUCCAGAGGAUUUGUCCACGCUAAGGCAGAUGACUCCAUUUGGGGUUCGUAAAAGUGGGGAGGCCAUCGGAUGUUGGGUUGGGGUGUCGGUCCCUGAGGACACGAGGAGGUUGGGCAGGGGUGGACCCCCCAUCGGAGGAUCGGUCAAGGUGUCGGUCCCUAAGGACACGAGAGUUGCCAGGGCAUCCCGGACACUGAGGACACCGGAUGCCAACGGAGGUCGAGAUAAUUAA